GCUCCCGCCGCGGGCCCGGCGGCACGUUCUGGUCGGCCGGUCAAAGCGAGCCGCGGAAGGAAUGCGGGCGCGCGGCCGAGCGCGGGGCGGCCCCGGCGGCUCCGGGGCGCUGGUGAUGAGGACGCCGAGCAGGGGCUGAAGCCGGCGGCGAGGCGGCGACCAUGACAGUGUUCAGGCAGGAGAAGCUGGAGGAGCACUACGACACGGGCGAGGACCUGGGCAGUGGGCAAUUUGCUGUAGUCAAAAAAUGCCGUGAGAAGAGCAGUGGCCAGCAAUUUGCAGCAAAAUUCAUCAAGAAACGCAGAACAAAAUCCAGCCGACGGGGAGUAAGCCGGGAAGAUAUUGAGCGAGAAGUCAGCAUACUAAAAGAGAUACGACAUCCUAAUGUGAUCACACUGCAUGAUGUUUAUGAGAACAAAACAGAUGUCAUUCUUAUUCUUGAACUUGUUGCAGGUGGAGAACUCUUCGACUUCUUAGCUGAGAAAGAAUCUCUCACAGAGGAGGAAGCCACAGAAUUUCUCAAGCAGAUACUUAAUGGUGUUCAGUAUCUCCACUCUCUGCAAAUUGCCCACUUUGAUCUUAAGCCUGAAAACAUAAUGCUGUUGGACAGGAAUGUGCCAAAGCCUCGAAUCAAGAUUAUUGACUUUGGAUUAGCACACAAAAUUGACUUCGGAAAUGAAUUCAAGAAUAUAUUUGGAACACCAGAGUUUGUUGCUCCUGAGGUAGUAAAUUAUGAGCCUCUUGGCCUCGAAGCAGAUAUGUGGAGCAUUGGUGUAAUAACUUAUAUUCUUCUAAGUGGUGCAUCACCGUUUCUUGGAGAAACCAAACAGGAAACAUUAGCAAAUGUUUCUGCUGUGAAUUAUGAAUUUGAGGAGGAGUUCUUUAGUAAUACCAGUGCCCUAGCUAAAGAUUUUAUACGAAGACUUCUAGUCAAGGAUCCAAAGAAGAGAAUGACUAUUCGAGAUAGUUUGCUGCAUCCUUGGAUCAAGCCUAAAGACACCCAGCAAGCCCUUAGUAGAAAAGCAUCUGCAGUGAAUAUGGAAAAGUUCAAAAAGUUUGCAGCACGACGAAAAUGGAAACAAUCGGUGCGCUUAAUAUCCUUGUGCCAAAGAUUAUCAAGAUCUUUCUUAUCCAGAAGUAACAUGAGCGUUGCUAGAAGCGAUGAUACUCUGGAUGAGGAGGAUUCUUUUGUGAUGAAAGCUAUUAUUCAUGCCAUCAAUGAUGACAAUGUUCCUGGAUUACAGCACCUUCUGGGAUCUCUGACAAAUUAUGAUGUCAAUCAACCCAACAAGCAUGGAACACCUCCACUACUGAUUGCUGCUGGCUGUGGAAACAUUCAGAUGCUUCAGUUGCUUCUGAAGCGUGGAUCCCGUAUUGAUAUUCAAGACAAGGCUGGAUCUAAUGCAAUGUAUUGGGCUUCUCGACAUGGUCACGUAGAAACACUGAAAUUUCUAAGUGAUAAUAAAUGUCCUUUGGAUAUUAAGGAUAAGUCUGGGGAGACCGCUCUCCAUGUUGCAGCUCGAUACGGGCAUGUGGAUGUGAUUCAGUUUCUCUGUAGCAUUGGGUCCAAUCCAAACUUUCAAGACAAGGAAGAAGAAACCCCACUACAUUGUGCUGCUUGGCAUGGCUACUACUCUGUUGCCAAAGCACUCUGUAAGGCAGGUUGCAACGUGAACAUUAAAAACAAAGAAGGGGAGACUCCGCUGCUGACAGCAUCUGCUCGGGGUUACCAUGAUAUAGUGGAAUGCUUGGCAGAGCAUGGGGCUGACCUUCGUGCAACAGACAAGGAUGGUCAUAUAGCCCUGCACCUUGCUGUGAGACGAUGUCAAAUAGAAGUAGUUAAAACCCUCAUCAGUCAAGGAUGUUUUGUAGAUUUCCAAGACCGACAUGGCAACACUCCUUUGCAUGUGGCCUGCAAAGAUGGGAAUGUUGCUAUUGUGAUGGCACUCUGUGAAGCAAGUUGUAGUUUGGAUGCCACUAAUAAGUAUGAAAGAACACCUUUACAUCUGGCAGCAAACAAUGGCAUUCUUGAUGUUGUCAGAUUCCUGUGUCUUGCUGGUGCCAAUGUAGAAGCUUUAACCUCUGAUGGGAAAACAGCAGAAGAUCUUGCCAGAGCGGAGAAGCAUGAACACGUAGCCAAUCUGCUUGCAAGACUUAAAAAGGAUACACACCGGGGACUUUUUAUCCAGCAGCUGCGGCACACACAGAAUCCACAGCCCCGGAUCAAGUUGAAGUUGUUUGGACACUCUGGUACUGGGAAGACAACUCUUGUGGAGUCUCUCAAGUGUGGCCUGUUACGAAGCUUUUUCCGAAGACGCAGGCCUAAGCUCUCUUCCACAAACCCAACCAAAUUCCCUCCAUCUCCUUUGUCAUCCAAACCUUCAGUUUCAGUAAGCAUUACAAAUCUCUGUCCUGGUUGUGAGAAUGUCAGCGUGAGAAGCCGUAGUAUGAUGUUUGAACCCGGCCUGACCAAAGGGGUAUUGGAAGCUUUCAUUUCACCUGCUCAUCACUCUCACUUCUCUGCUGAUGACCAAUCCACCAAGGCCAUUGACAUUCAAAAUGCUUACUUGCACGGAGUUGGUGAUUUCAGCAUCUGGGAAUUCUCUGGGAAUCCUGUGUAUUUCUGCUGUUAUGACUAUUUUGCUGCAAAUGAUCAGACUGCAAUUCACUUAGUGCUUUUUAGUCUCGAGGAGCCUUAUGAAAUCCAAUUAAACCAAGUGACCUUUUGGCUCAGUUUCCUGAAAUCCUUAGUCCCGGUUGAGGAGCCAAUAGCAUUUGGUGGAAAACUGAAAAACCCCCUGCGUGUUGUUUUGGUCGCCACACAUGCUGACAUAGUGAAUCUUCCUCGGCCUGUUGGGGGAGAGUUUUGGUAUGACAAAGACAUGGCAUUGUUGAAGGAAAUCAGGAACAGAUUUGGAAAUGAUCUGCAAAUUUCAGACAAGUUAUUUGUCUUGGAUGCUGGAGCAUCUGGGUCUAAAGAUAUGAAGCUUCUCCGAAAUCAUUUGCAAGAAAUAAGAAGCCAGAUUAUUUCUACUUGCCCACCUAUGGCUCAUCUGUGCGAAAAAAUAAUCUCCACGCUGCCUUCAUGGAGAAAAAUGAAUGGACCCAACCAGCUGAUGUCCUUGCAGCAGUUUGUGUAUGAUGUGCAGGAACAGCUUAAUCCCCUAGCAAGUGAAGAUGACCUACGGCGUAUUGCACAGCAACUGCAUAGCAUAGGAGAAAUUAACAUUAUACAGAGUGAAACUGUCCAAGAUGUUGUGCUUCUCGAUCCUCGCUGGCUGUGUUCAAAUGUCCUUGGAAAGAUCCUGUCAGUGGAGAACCCAAAAGCCCUCCAUCACUACAGAGGUCGGUACACUAUAGAGGACAUCCAGCGGCUGGUGACAGAUAGUGAUGUGGAAGAGCUGAUACAGAUUUUGGAUGCCAUGGAUAUUUGUGCAAGGGACCUUAGCAGUGGAACAAUGGUGGAUAUUCCUGCUCUCAUAAAGACUGAUAACCUCCACAGGUCUUGGACAGAUGAGGAGGAUGAGGUGCUGAUUUAUGGUGGUGUUAGAAUCGUUCCUGUGGAACAUCUUACCCCAUUUCCUUGUGGGAUUUUUCAUAAAGUUCAGGUGAAUCUCUGCAGGUGGGUUCAUCAGCAAAGCACAGAGGGAGAUGCUGAUAUACGUCUGUGGGUAAACGGAUCAAAGAUUAUGAAUCGCGGAGCUGAGCUCUUAGUGCUGCUGGUCAACCAUGGUCAGGGUAUAGAGGUUCAAGUUAGAGGACUGGAAACCGAGAAGAUCAAGUGUUGUUUACUUCUGGAUUCAGUGUGCAGCACCAUUGAUAACUUAAUGGCCACAACCUUACCAGGCCUUCUGACUGGGAAGUACUAUCUUAGUCCUCAGCAGCUGAGGGAACAUAAUGAGCCAGUGAUGGUCUACCAGCCUAGAGACUUUUUCCGUGCACAGAGUCAAAAGGAGACAUCACUAACUAACACUAUGGGAGGAUAUAAAGAGAGCUUUAGCAGUAUACUGUGUUUUGGGUGUCUUCAUGUCUACUCCCAGGGAAGCCUAGGAAUGGAUAUUCAUGUUUCUGAUCUGAAUCUACUUACUAGGAGAAAACUAAGUCGACUUUUGGAUCCACCUGAUCCUAUGGGCAAAGACUGGUGCCUUCUGGCCAUGAACCUGGGCCUCCCUGAUCUUGUUGCAAAGUAUAAUACAAAUAAUGGAACACAAAACGACUUCAUCUCAAGCCCAGUCCAUGCCCUUCUGCAGGAGUGGAGUAAUGCUCCUGACAGCACUGUAGGUAUCCUAAUGUCCAAGCUGAGGGAAUUAGGUCGCAGAGAUGCAGCAGACUUUUUACUGAAGGCAUCUUCUGUGUUCAAAAUAAAUUUAGAUGCUAAUGGUCAAGAAGCUUAUGCUUCCAGCUGCAACAGUGGCACAUCUUACAACUCGAUUAGCUCUGUAGUGUCGCGGUAAGAGCAGGUGUUUUGCAUGGAGAUCUUUUCAAUCUGCAGAAAGGAUAAAAGACACAGUACAAGCAUUUCUGUGUAUCGUUGUUUAUGAGAUUUUACAUCAAAGGAUCUAUAUCCUUCUCUAGCACCACCUUUUUGUGUGUAAACUUUCUACUUCUAACUGUGAAUUGUUGCUCUUUGUAUGUUAAAAAGGCCAGUAUACUUCUGGUGAUUCUCGUCAUAAAAGAUAGGAGGAGAGGAAUAGCACCUAUUACCUGAAUCAUAGAAUGGCAGGGGUUGGAAGGGACCUUUAGAGAUCAUCUAGUCCAAUCCCCCUGCAGAAGCAGGUUCACCUAGAUCGAGUCACAGAGGAACAUGUCCAGGCAGGUCUUGAAGACCUCCAAGGAAGGAGACUCCACAACCCCUCUGGGCAGCCUGUGCCACUGCUCCGGCACCCUCACAGUGAAAUAGUUUUUUCUUACAUUUAAGUGGAACUUUUUGUGUUCCAGCUUCAUCCCAUUACCCCUUGUCCUGUUGCUAGCUACUAGAGAAAAAAUGGAUGUCCCAACCUCCUGACACCCACCCUUUAGAUAUUUAUAAAUGUUAAUAAGAUCACCCCUCAGUCUCCUCUUCUCCAGACUAAACAGCCCCAGUUCCUGCAGCCUUUCCUCACAUGACAGAUGUUCCAGUCCCCUGAUCAUCUUGGUGGCCCUGUGUCAUGGUUUUGCCCAGCCGGAGCUAAGGGGAAGAAAACCAUGACUCCUACCCCUCCCCCUCUCGACAGAAUGCGGAGGGGAUCGGAUAGGGAGGAAAAAAAAGUAAAGGAGCCCACGUAAGUUGAAAUAAGAACAGUUUACUGGGGAAAAUUGAAGAUGAACAACUAUAACAAAGAUAAGGGGAUAUUACAAAGAAAACUGGUGAGUGAUGCAGUUGCUCACCACCUGGGACCUGACGUGAACGACCGCUCCGGACCAGCGACCGAGAGCCUGCGCCCCCCGGAAGAGCUUCUUCUGGCCAGCCCCCACCUAUACACUGGGCAUGACAGUUAGGAUGGUAUUGAAUACCUGCUGGCCAGCCUGGGUCAGCUGUUCAGGCUGUGCCCUUUCCUGGUUCCUCACGGGAAUUAACUGUAUCCUGGCUCAAACCAAGACACCCUGUGCUGGACUCUCUCCAGAAGAUCUCUGUCCCUCUUGAGCUGAGGAUCCCAGAACUGGACACAGGACUCCAAAUGAGGCCUCACCAGGGCAGAGGAGAGGGGAAAAAGAACUUCCCUUGACCUGCUGGCCACACUCUUCUUGAUGCAUCCCAGGCUGCCAUUGGCCUUCUUGGCCACGAGGGCACAUUGCUGGCUCAUAUUUAGCUUAUUAUCAAUCAGGACUCCCAGGUCUCUCUCUGCACAGCUGCUCUUCAGCAGUUCGACCCCCAGCAUGGGGUGCAUGGGGUUGUUCCUUCCCAGAUGCAGGACUCUGCACUUGUCCUUGUUGAACCUCAUGAGGUUCUUCUCUGCCCAACUCUCAAGCUGGUCGAGAUCCCACCGAAUGGCAGCACAGCCUUCUGGGGAAUCAGCCAGUCCUCCCAGUUUGGUGUCAUCAGCCAACUUGCUGAGGGUACACUCUGUCCUCUCAUCCAGGUUGUUGAUGAAGAUGUGGAACAGGAUUGGCCCCAGAACCCAUCCCUGUGGAACUCCACUGGCCACAGGCCUCCAGCUUGAUUCUGUGCCAUUGAUCACCACCCUCUGGGCUCUGUCAUUCAGCCAGCUCUCGAUCCACCUCACUGUCCACUCAUCCACACUGCUUGAGCUUUCUGAUGAGGUUUUUAUGGGAGACAGUGUCAAAAGGCUUGCGAAAGUCAAGGCAGAUGACAUCCGCUGCUGUCCUCUCAUCUAGCCAGCUGGUUAUGCACUCACAGAAGGCUAUCAGAUUGGUGAAUCCAUAUUGACUCCCCCGAUAACCAUCUUAUCCUUCAUAUGUUCGGUGAUAACAUUCAGGAUGAGUUGUUCCAUCACUUUCCCAGGGAUGGAGGUGAGGCUGACCAGCCUGUAGUUUCCUGGGUCGUCCUUCCUGCCCUUUUUGAAGACUGGCGUGGCAUUGACCUUUCUCCAGUCCCCAGGCACCUCACCUGUCCUCCAUGAUUGUUAAAAAAUGAUAGAGAGAGGCUUAGCAAUCACAUCAGACAGCUCUCUCAGCACUCUAGGAUGCAUCCCAUCAGGACCCAUCAACUUAUGAGCCUUAAGCUUGGCCAACAAGUCUUUAACCUCUUCCACUUCCACCCAGGGUAAGUCCUCUGCUGUCCUGGCCAUCCUGUUAUCCUUGCUGGACUGGGCUUCCUGAGGGCUGGCCUUGGGUGUAAAGACUGAAGGCAUUCAGUACUUCGGCCUUCUCUCCGUCAGCAGGGUACUCUCUGUGUUUAGCAGCAGGCCCACAUUAGCAGUGGGCCCACCUGAAACAUGUAUUUCUUACACUGGUCUUUUUUUUGUAUUUUCAUCAUGGCCUCUGCUUAAGUUUUUUUUGUAUUUGUAAGGAGAGAAAUCCACCAUUGUGGUCAAUCUGACUGAAUUUGAAACUACAUUGUUUAUAGCUGAAAAAGCGAGUGCCUUUUGCAGAAAGGAGGGUGCAGUUGAUUUGAAUGACCCUACUGGAGCUACAAGAACAUGCUACCUCUGUUUCACUUAAAUUGCCUGCAUGCUUAUCAUUGCAAGUGGUGCUUGCCUUUUAAUUUGUCCUGCACUUCUAAGACAUUGGUGAUGACUCACGCAGAGCAUUCUUGUGUCAGUCCUAUGGGUAUAGACAUGUGAUGCCUAAUCAAUUAUGGUCAAAUCAUAGUGUGGAAAUCUCUUAAACUUGCCAAUUACCAUGCUUCAUUAUUUCUAUGCACCUCAGGUAAAAGUUCAUAUCAUUAUAGAGCUCAAAAAUACACAAGUCUUGGAUACUGCAGAGUAAUGUUAUAUAGUUGUCAGUUGUAAUUUGUGUAUAACAAAGGUUUUCUACUGUUACAUCCUGCAUUACUUACUUCCUGUACUUGAAAACUUUGAUGGGGAUAAAAACAAAAAGGAAGCAAGGUUUCUUGCAGUGAUAACUUUUAAUUGUUAUGAGGGACUAUGACCCAUUCUCUGUUCUUAAACGCAUGUAAUUCUAAUGGUGCGAUGUGUGUUUCUUUAUAUACAUGGUAUGUACAUAUAUUAAUACUAUUUUUUCCUUAAUCGUACAAUGUAGUAAAAUU